GUCAUCAAACAUUUAUAGGACAAUUCGAACGCCAUCCUGAUCUCUCUCUCUCUUCUCGCUUUGUAUCAGCGCAUCCUUGCUUUGUCUACAUGAAUUUCCCUCCUGUUCUGAACGCAGAAGACUUAUCCCAUUUCUACAGAUUGAUCCAGAGCUCGUUUCCACAAAUGAAUGAUGCAAGUGAUGAUAACAGCAACAACAACAACAGCAACAACCGAAAGCGGCAAAGAAGAGGUAGAGAAGAAGACGGAGAUAGUGAAUCCGAUAGAGAAGCCAACAAGAAGAAAGAGUUUAAGGGUAUUCUGACUUCCUUCUUGUUGUUGGAAGAGCAAGAAAAGCAGGACCAGGAAGAGCUGGACACGGCCUCAAAUGAGGAGAAGUUAUUCUUCGAGUCAAACCAUAAGAAAAAAACCAAAACCAUGGUGGAGUACUACUCUAAUCUCCAAGAUUAUUACAACGAAGCCGAAGAACUAGACCGUACGAAACGGAAGAAGUCUCGGCUUAUGGCCGGUGCGGUGGCCGUGGCCGCGGCCUCUGAUGGGUUUGAGAAGAUUGAUAAAAUGGAUAAGCGUGGAAGCAAUAGUGGCGGUGGUGGUGGAGCCUCGGGUCACCCUCGGAGAUUAUGGGUGAAGGACAGAUCGAAAGCGUGGUGGGACGAUUGUAACAGCCCGGAUUAUCCCGAGGAAGAAUUCAGGAAGUACUUCAGAAUGGGGAGGGCCACUUUUGAUCUGAUAUGCGAGGAACUCAAUUCAGUUAUCGCGAAAGAAGAUACUACUCUCCGAAGUGCGAUUCCCGUUACCCAAAGGGUCGCUGUUUGUUUAUGGAGAUUGGCCACCGGCGACCCGCUUCGACUUGUCUCCAAACGCUUCGGACUAGGCAUAUCCACUUGCCACAAGUUGGUCCUCGAGGUCUGCUCCGCGAUUCGGACCGUGCUGAUGCCCAAGUACUUACAGUGGCCGGACGAGAACGCAUUGAGGAAGAUCAAAGACGACUUCGAAUCCAUUUCUGCGAUACCCAAUGUGGUGGGGUCUAUGUAUACGACGCAUAUACCCAUUAUUGCGCCCAAGAUUAGCGUGGCGGCUUAUUUCAACAAGCGGCACACGGAGCGGAAUCAGAAGACCUCAUAUUCGAUCACGGUUCAAGGUGUGGUGGACCAAAGAGGGGUAUUCACCGAUGUGUGUAUUGGUUGGCCUGGCUCAAUGCCCGAUGAUCAGGUGCUAGAGCAAUCUGCUCUUUACAAAAGGGCCAAUGGUGGACUUUUAAAGGGUGCGUGGAUUGUUGGGGGUUCUGGGUACCCUUUAUUGGAUUGGGUUUUGGUACCUUAUUCGCGUUCCAACCUGACUUGGCCUCAGAAUGCAUUCAACGAGAAGAUUGGGGAGAUUCAAAGGGUUGCCAAAGAAGCAUUUGAGAGAUUGAAAGGCAGGUGGUGUUGCUUGCAGAAGAGAACCGAGGUCAAACUCCAAGACUUACCCGUGGUGCUUGGUGCCUGCUGUGUGUUGCACAAUAUCUGUGAGUUGAGGAAUGAAGAAAUGGAUCCGGAGCUGAAGUUUGAGCUUGUUGACGAUGAGAUGUUCCCCGAAGAUGCUUUGAAAUCGCCAAGCUCCAAGAAGGCAAGGGAUGCCAUUGCUCAUAAUAUUUUGCACCAUGGAAUUGGAGGCACUCGUUUUGUGUAGUGUAAUAGAGUAUCCAUUUUAAACCAGUGGUACUGGUAUUCUUUUGCUUAUUAACUCUCAUAAUUGUGUCAUACAAAUCAGCCAUCCUUAUUUGUUGAAGGGGCUCUGUAUAAGGUAAAAUAGUUGUCCCUCCCACAAAAUGGGGAUGCUUGUAAUAGUCUUUGUAGGGUUAAGUUAAUACUUGAAAGAUCACAGAGACAUGUUGUAACUUAAAUUCCACACUUUGAUUCACCAAAAUAAGAGACAAAUAUUCAAGCAA